AUGACUACAGAUGCCAAGUAUAACAUCCUGCAAGAAGUGGGCCGUGGCAGCUAUGGGGUGGUGUAUGAAGCAAUUGUCAAUCAGACUGGAAAAAAGGUUGCAGUGAAAAGAAUGCAUUGUAAUGGACCUGAAAAUGUGGAAUUGGCUCUGCAAGAGUUCUGGGCUCUUCAGAGCAUUCAAAGCCAACAUGAAAAUGUGAUCUGGUUGAAGGAGUGUAUCUUGCAAAGUGGCCAGGUUUUCCAGCCAAUGAGCCACCACUCCAAUAAGUCAGAUGAUCAGUUGCUACUCAUAGAGACCUGUCUCAAAGGACGUAGAUGUAUGGAUCCCAAGUCAGCCUGUUACCUGUGGUUUGUGAUGGAGUUUUGUGACAGCGGCAACAUGAAUGAGUUCUUGCUGGCCCGAAGUCCAGAUGCCCAGCUGAACAAGAGUUUCAUGCAGCAAAUGAGCCAGGCAGUGGCUUUCCUACAUAGAAAUAAGAUUGUGCACAGAGACCUGAAGCCAGAUAACAUUCUGAUCUCAAAUAGUUCUGGAGGGCCUGUGUUAAAGGUAACAGAUUUUGGCCUGAGUAAAGUAUGCCAAGGGAAAGUGAAUAUCAAUCAGCACCGGUUUUCCUCUGCCUGUGGUUCGGAUUUCUACAUGGCUCCUGAAGUGUGGGAAGGCAGCUACACGGCAAAAGCAGACAUCUUUGCCCUUGGGAUAAUUUUCUGGGCCAUGAUUGAGAGGAUUACUUUCAGGGAGGCAGAUUCUGAGAAAGAGUUGCUUGGAACUUACAUAUGCCAAGGGAAGGACAUAAUCCCGAUUGGGGAGGCAAUGCUAGAAAACCCAAGCAUGGAGCUGCAUAUUCCCCUGAAAAAAAAGAAAUCCAUCCCAAAUGAUCUCUGUAGACUUCUUCAUGACAUGUUGGCUUUUAACCCCAAGGAACGACUAGAUGCCUUCCAGCUCGAAAGUCGUAUUAAGCAGACUUCCUAUGGGGAGAAGACCCAAUGUUCCAGAUCUUCAAAGUAA